UAAAAGCACCCUUUGUUUAUCAGUGAUUUCAAAUCACACUCCCUCGUUGUCUCCACGAGAUCCCUGUUCUUCUUCUUCUUCUUCUCUCUUUGACAUUCUUUCUCUUUCUGAGGAGAGAUUGAUGAAGGGAUUGAGCUCAAGUGUGGAUAUCAAUGGCGAGAUGGCUCUGCGCAAGGCUGAAGAAGCAGCAUCAAGGAGGUUUCAAGCUGCGCAAUGGCUGAGGAGGAUGGACGGAGCGGCGUCGGAGACUCUGCCGGCGGAGCCAUCCGAGGAGGAGUUCUGCCUCGCUCUGCGCAAUGGGUUGAUCCUCUGCAAUGUCCUCAACAGAGUCAAUCCUGGAUCCAUUCCAAAGAUAGUGGAGAACCCGAUUAUCACUGUUGAAUCGAAUGAUGGAGCGGCUCAAUCUGCAAUUCAGUAUUUUGAGAAUAUGAGGAACUUUCUUGUUGCGGUUGCAGAGAUGAAGCUGUUGACAUUUGAAGCAUCGGAUUUAGAAAAGGGAGGCUCAUCAGGCAAAGUUGUGGACUGCAUUCUUUGUUUAAAAGGUUACCAUGAAUGGAAAUUGGCUGGAGGAAUUGGGAUUUGGAGGUAUGGGGGUACUGUGAAGAUCACAUCUUCAAUUAAUGUGCUUCCUUCCUCUUUGCUCGAUUCUGGAAAUGGGGAUGAGUCACCUGAUAAGUCAAAUUCGUUACAUGGCCAACAAUUAUUAGAACGUCUGAAUCUUUUUACUGAUAUUGCCCAUGAAGAAUCCAAAGCAGCUAGUGCUCUCAGUUUCUUAUUCAAUAAGUUCGGGCUGCAGCUUUUACAAUCAUUUCUUACACAGUGCAAUGGGACUGAUGACCUACCUUUAAGUUCAACGCUCAUUGAUGUGGUACUUGAGAAAACCGUUGAAGAGCUCUACAUGCUUCUGGUUUCUCAGAGAAAUCAGCUUGGAUAUGUUUUGAAGAACAUAAUGAAGGAUGAGAACAGAACUAUAUCAAGACAAGAUCUCUUAGAUGUUGUGUCAAGACAUCUCAAAGAAAACAAUUACCAAGCAACUUGCUUCUCGACAAAUAAUGAUUACUGUGCUGUAGGUGCCUUUCAAAAUGCAAAUAAUGAGAACAAACUUGAUCAUCAAAAGCAACUAGAGGUCCUGAAGCUAUCCUUGCAUGAAUUGAGAGUUCAAUUUCAUCAUAGUAAAACCAAAUGGGAAGAAGAAGUCAAAAAGUUUGAACAUACAAUACAAGGCCUUGAAGUGAGCAAGUCUUCAUACCAAAAGUUGUUGGAAGAAAAUCGAUUGCUUUACAAUCAAGUGCAAGACCUUAAAGGAAACAUAAGGGUGUACUGUAGAGUGAGGCCUUUCAUAUCAAAUCAAGUGGAUGGAAAAUCCACAGUUGAUUAUAUUGGAGAAAAUGGAAACAUUAUGGUUGUCAAUCCCCAUAAGCAAGGAAAAGAAGCAAGGAGGAUAUUUUCAUUUAACAAAGUAUUUGGGGUUAAUGCCAGUCAACGUGAAAUAUUUGAUGACACCCAGCAGUUGAUCAGAUCUAUUUUAGAUGGUUACAACGUUUGUAUUUUCGCAUAUGGACAAACAGGUUCGGGGAAGACAUAUACAAUGAGUGGUCCAGAUAUACAAACAGAAGGCACAUGGGGAGUAAAUUAUCGAGCUUUGGGUGAUUUAUUUAAAAUAGCAAGAUCAAGGGCAGAUAUCAUCACAUAUGAAAUCAGUGUCCAGAUGAUUGAGAUAUACAAUGAGCAAGUGAGGGAUCUUUUGGUUACUGAUGGAUCAAGCAAAAGAUUAGAUAUAAGAAACAAUUCUCAGUUGAAUGGCGUCAACAUUCCUGAUGCUAGUUUGGUUUCAGUGAACUGCACUCAAGAUGUUCUUGAUUUAAUGAAAGUUGGCCAGGGAAAUCGAGCCAUAGGAGCCACUGCACUUAAUGAACGUAGUAGCCGUUCUCAUAGCGUGCUAACAGUUCAUGUGCAUGGAAAAGAAUUGGUUUCUGGUUCAAUCCUCCGUGGUUGUCUUCAUCUAGUAGAUCUUGCUGGCAGUGAAAGGGUGAAUAAGUCUGAAGCUACAGGAGAGAGAUUAAAAGAAGCCCAACACAUAAAUAAAUCACUUUCAGCUCUGGGAGAUGUUAUCUCUGCUUUGGCCCAGAAAAGUUCCCAUAUUCCAUAUAGAAACAGCAAACUUACCCAAGUUCUGCAAGAUGCGUUAGGUGGCAAUGCAAAGACAUUGAUGUUUGUCCAUAUAAACCCCGAGGUGAAUGCCUAUGGAGAAACAAUUAGCACCCUUAAAUUUGCUGAGCGCGUCGCCUCUAUAGAACUUGGGGCAGCCCGUGCUAAUAAAGAAACUGGUGAAAUUAAAGAACUUAAGGAAGAGAUCUCAAAACUAAAAUCAGCUUUAGAGAGUAAAGAAUCUGAAGUUGUACAACUGAAAGAUCACAGUUGUCGGCUUGCAUUAGAAGUUCAAAAUCAGAGAACUGCAUCACCUUUACACUUGCAGAAGAGUGCAAAUAACGUAAACUUGAAAGAUGAAGUUGCUCAAAAACCAAAAAGCGAGAACAAGAAGAUUGAGUCGAGAAGCUGUUCAUCAGGGAAGCAGAGAAGACCUCGUUUUCCUCAUCCAUUAUCAGAAAAAGAACUCGUCUCAAAAUCAAGUUUCUCAAAUGGAGAUAGUUACAGCAACUCCAGAAAAACAAGGUCUCCCUCUCCAGCUAGACGAUCAGCAUCAACGGACCGAGCCAGCAUUAUUAAGAGCAAGCAGAGGAUUGAAUCUAUUAGUGAGAGAUCUAUACUUAAGCCUCAGUUUCCAGAAAAAGUACCCACUGUUAGAUCAGCAGUAAUAGUUCCAACAAUGAUAAAGAACAUGAGUUUGAGUACAUAUUGGGAGCAACAAGAGAUUGUCAAUGAACAAUUCAAGCCAUCAAUUAGUUUGCCACAAUGGGGCAUCAGGAAACAUCGAACGGAAAGUAAAGGUGUCGAGAAGCAUGACAUUGAUGUCAGAAUGAAGGCAGAGAAUCCUAAUAAGAAUGAUUUAUCUCAAACAGAAGAUGAGAGUGAUCAUGCUGAUGCUGCUUUGCAUGGUAGUCCUCUGUUCAAAAAAAUUCACCGUCACAUGAGAAGGAACUCGCAGAACAUUGAACCAAGAGCUUUGGUUCAUGCAAUGGAGUCAGUAGUGACCGGGAAGCAAGAGAAUAGGCUUCCAAAUGGUGAUGUUCGAGAAGGAAAAGAAGGCAAGAAUGUCACUGAACCAGACUUCCGACGAAGUAAAUCUUUGCCUCGUGGGAAAUUCGUGAUGAUAUCAUGAGAAAGAAAUCAAGCUCCAAUCCAUUCAAUUUCUGAAUGGCUGGUAAGUAGUACUCUGAUUGUUUUCGAUUUUUAUAUGUAAAUGAGUUGUGAAACCCAGAAAAUCAAUUGAGUUCUAAAUUCAAAGAGCAAAUAUAAGCCCCGGUUGGGUAAGUUUAUCAA